UAUUAACUCCUGCCGGUUACCUCAUACAGGAGCCUUGCGUGCCCAAGGUAAAGGUGAGGUUACAUACAGCCUGCUCCACCUUUUCCGCUCCACAGCCAACUGCUCUGCCUCUUGUUAUUUGUUUCAUGCGAGGAGUUGGCAGAGUCCCACAACCAGCAGAACCUGAUCGGGAGGUCAGCAUUCCACCUAGCAAGCAGUCACACCUUGCUGUGUCACACACUGUGAGCUGUACAGGCAAGCGAGAACAAAGACUAAACCUCCUGGUCCGGGGGCAAUGUUCCUGCGUCUGCUCUUCCUGACCGACAAAACCCCUCUGUUGACGGCACUUUGGGAGGGAAGAAGGAGUGUUGGAUCUUUCCCAAGUCGACCAUGAGUCUGAGGAGGAAGCUGGUGGUGGUGGGAGACGGGGGCUGCGGGAAGACCAGCCUGUUGAUCGUGCUGAGUCGCGACGAGUUCCCCGAGGGCUACGUCCCCACCAUCUUCGACACGUACGUGGCGGACAUCGUGGUGGACGAGAAGCCGGUGGAGCUGGCCCUGUGGGACACGGCCGGCCAGGAGGACUACGACCGCCUACGACCCCUCUCCUACCCGGACACCCACGUCCUGCUGCUCUGCUUCUCGGUGGACAACCCCGACUCCCUGUGGAACAUCCCCGAGAGGUGGAUGCCCGAGGUGAGGCACUUCUGCCCCGGGGUGCCCGUGGUGCUGGUCGGCAACAAGAAGGACCUGCGCCAGGACGAGAGGACCCGGCGGGAGCUGGCGAGGAGCAAGAAGGAGCCGGUCAAGUGGGAGGAGGGACGGGCCGUGGCCGAGAAGAUCGGGGCCCACGCUUACCUCGAGUGCUCGGCCAAGACCAAGGACGGCGUGUGGGAAGUCUUCCAGACGGCCACUCGGGCCACGCUCUACAACAAAGAACCAGGGCAGGUGGAGCUGGCCCUGUGGGACACGGCCGGACAGGAGGACUACGACCGCCUACGACCCCUCUCCUACCCGGACACCCACGUCCUGCUGCUCUGCUUCUCGGUGGACAACCCCGACUCCCUGUGGAACAUCCCCGAGAGGUGGAUGCCCGAGGUGAGGCACUUCUGCCCCGGGGUGCCCGUGGUGCUGGUCGGCAACAAGAAGGAUCUGCGCCAGGACGAGAGGACCCGGCGGGAGCUGGCGAGGAGCAAGAAGGAGCCGGUCAAGUGGGAGGAGGGACGGGCCGUGGCCGAGAAGAUCGGGGCCCACGCUUACCUCGAGUGCUCGGCCAAGACCAAGGACGGCGUGUGGGAGGUCUUCCAGACGGCCACUCGGGCCACGCUCAAGACGCCCCGGGAAGGCUGCUUUGACUGCGGCGAGUGCAUUGUGUUGUAACGCACUGGGCAUGGAGGAGAAGAUAGACUGGACUUCAAUCAGGUUGAACCCACCUGGUGAAUGGGUAACGAGGGAGAACAUAACUACAUCAUACCCCACCCCAGCUGAAGAAUCAAAGCAUGGAAUAAUCUCCACCCUACUAUAGUUACCCAACCAGAUGCAACUACAUUUAAAGUAGCUCUUUCUUCCCAAUAACCCUUUCUGGCUUAAGACAUUUGGAAUAUUUUGGAGGACCAAGGAACCAAGAACCAAGGCAUGUCACAGGACUACAAUCAGGGUGUCAUUCGGACAAAUAGGUUUGGCUGCCGACUCAUCUAUAUUCCAAUCAAUUGUCAAUUGAAAUCAAUCGAACAUUUAAAGAGUCAUUGUGCGCAUCUUGGUUAAGUUAUGGUUGCAAUGUAAUGAAGGGUGUUAUGGGGUUAGGAGGGAGAGAUAGAUCAGCCACGAUGGAAUGGCGGAGUAGACUUGAUGGGCCGAAUGGCUUAAUUCUACUAUCACAUGACCUUAUGAAGGGAUGUGUUUAAGAAGGAACUGCAGAUGCUGGGAAAUCGAAGGUAGACAAAAAAAAGCUGGAGAAACUCAGUGGGUGCAGCAGCAUCUAUGGAGCGAAGGAAAUGGGCAACGUUUCGGGCCGAAACCCUUCUUCAGACUGAUGGGGGGAGGCGGGGAGAAGAAAGGAAAAAGGAGGAGGAGGAGGAGCCCGAGGGCUGAGGGAGAGGUAGGAAGGGGAGGAGACAGCAAGGGCUAACAAAAUUGUGAGAAUUCAAUGUUCAUGCCCCCAGGAUGCAGACUCCCCAAGCGGAAUAUGAGGUGCUGUUCCUCCAAUUUCCAGUGGUGCUCACUAAUUUAAGCUGCUUUGAGCCUUUGAGGUAGAAAGGGUGGAUGAGAUGGACACACGGACUGCUACAUCGUUCCAUUACCAUCCCCCAAUAUCAACGUACCAGAUCUGAAGGCCAACGCUAUCAGCGGUUAUGGGGGAGAAGGGGGUUGAAAGAGAAAGAUGGAGAUGCAACAUGGAAAUAGACCCGUGAUUGAAUGGCAGAGUAGGCUCGAUGGGCCGAAUGGCCUAAAUUCUGCUCUUAGAAAGGCUCGACUGAGGUUGAAGCUCAGAUGGCUUCCAUCUCCUGGACUGGCUGAUAGAAGAUGAGGGAGGGGUGGAGGUGUCUGAUCUAUCCCGGAAUCCCUGUCCACUUCCCUAUACAGCUAUAUGUUGAAAUGGGUUCAGCCCUCUGCUGUUAUUAAGAGCCUGCAGACUUUUUCAAUGGGUACACAACAUGUGGGGAUUUGCUCGUUCAGAGUUCAGGAGAGAUUAUGUGUGGAAAAUGUCCGUCCAUCACGUGCAGUUAUUUACUUGUCCAAAGUGCAUUAGACUCAUGUUAUUCAUGGGACUGGAUCCCAGUGUGUACAGGGAAGAAUACAUCCCUCUGUGCACAAAUGAUCGUUAAAGAAUAUUUAUUAAGUAAUUAUUUAUGUUUUUUCUUGUAAGAGUAUGUUAAACAACUUUUUUUUAACUGAAUGUUAACUUUUUUUAACUGAAAAAAGCUGCUGAAUGGAAAAUAAAGACUUUAUGCUGACCU